CAGAGUAGCUGGGGCAAGUCUAUUUCCUGGAGAUGCUUGCCUUAUAAAAGCUAGCUGGCCGUUGUCUUCACACAAGACCCAAGCUGACUGACAGCCUGAUCUUCUCUGAAUACUAGGACCAAGCUCCAUAAAAGCAUGAGUUCCCACCAGCAGAAGCAGCCCUGCACGGCUCCUCCUCAGCUGCAGCAACAGCAGGUGAAGCAGCCUUGCCAGCCACCACCCCAGGAGCCAUGUGUCCCCAAAACCAAGGAGCCCUGUGAUACCAAGGUUCCUGAGCCCUGCAACCCCAAGGUUCCUGAGCCCUGCAACCCCAAGGUUCCUGAGCCCUGCAACACCAAGGUACCUGAGCCUUGCAAUCCUAAGGCUCCUGAGCCCUGCCAUCCCAAGACACCAGAGCCCUGCCACCCCAAGGCACCUGAGCCUUGCCAUCCUGUUGUUCCUGAGCCCUGCCCCUCAGCCGUCACUCCAGUUCUAUCUCAACAGAAGACCAAGCAGAAGUAAUGUGGUCCACAGCCAUGUCUCCAGGAGCUGAUCACAGGAUGCUGAGCCUCCCAACUUUCCCAUUCUGCUUAUGAGUCUCAUGGCCUGUUGUCCUCACAAUUAACAUGCUGUGACCUUCAGUCCUAAUUCCUCCCUGUGGCCACAAGCUACACAGAUGUCCCUCACACUCAUUCUAGAGAGCUCUCAAGCCAUUCAACAUGGCCCAAAAUCUCACUGAGUGGCUCAUCUUUUCAUGACUUGGGCUUCAUGGGGAGGGAAUCAAGUGGAUUUUCCCUGUUCUUCCUCCAUUAAAUCACUUUUA